AUGAACAGCUUGAAACAGUUGAAAAUGCUUGAAAAACAUCAAUUUAUUAACUUUGAUCUAAAAAGAUGUUUGAACAUUAGUUUAAUCAAAGAUUUAUACUCUAGUGAUAUUGUUAUGUCAAAAUUCAGCAAAAAGUACAACAUUAAUUUUAACAAAAUUGGAAAGUAUGGUUUUUCAUUGUUGAGCUUGGAUGGAAUUGACAGUUUUUAUUCUUGUAAAUGGGGCAGUCCUGAUGUUUUUGGUGUGACACCUUUUAUGCACAACUUUACCAAAGAUAUUUCACAAACUGUACAGCACAUUAUGAUGAAGGAUAAUUUUGGAAAUAAUUUUUUACACUACUUGUUUUCGAAUGAUCAAAACAGAGGUCGAUCUUAUUUAGUAACAUAUUCGGACAUUCGAUUUGCUAAAAAAAUUCCUAAAGACGUGUUACUUAAAUUGGAACAAGAAGAGAAUGAUACAGGAUUCACACCAGCAGAAAUAGGUAUUGCCAAUGGGUGGAAUAUGUUCCAGUUUCAACCUUUACCCUCAAAAAUAUUCCGUUACAAAAGAAUUGAAAUGUUAAAUGAUAAGUUAUCUCGUCCAUUUGCACUAUUAGAUGGACUUGAGGUGAAUAUGGCUAUACUAAUGGCUGUAGGUUCUGGAAACAAACAUCCACAUUUGGAUUAUACUAUAUAUCAGGAUAUCAAUUAUAGAGAUGUAAAUGGAAAGCACUUAAUUCAUUAUUUUACUGAGUAUGAUACCAGUAAAAUCUACAAUGCCACACAAAUUAGAUCAUGUCAGCAAAUAUUACAGACACCAGACCAAAAUGGAACCAUUCUGUUGCAGACAUGCAAUAAUUGGUAUGAUCAUUUAUUAUAUGCAACUACUUGCUAUUGGAAAGGUUCUCCUACUAUCAACAUUUCUGGUUACUUUGAUAAUUUAGGAUUUAACAGGAUUAUGUAUGGCAUGUUAAAAUUCACUUCUACUACUUUCAAAUAUCUCAUUUCAGAAUCUAUUGUACUUGGAUUUGAUUACUCUAAUGAAAAUUAUCCAAGACUAUUCCAUAUUACCUUUCAAAAUAAGGAUGAUAAUAUUCACUUUGAAAUUGACAGUGGAUUAAUUCCAAGAAUAACAGGAGGUUUUCAAUGGUAUGACGGAGAGGAAGGAGAUGAAUUUUCACACUUUGUAAUCAGAUUGUGUAUUCAACAAUUCUUGAAAGACAACCAUUAUGCCUUUCAGUCGGUGGUCAGUUGCUUGGUUGCAAGAGGAUUGAAAUUUGAUGUUGUGAAAAAUUCCAGAGGAAAGACAGCACUUGAUUUACUGAACGAAUUUAAAGAAAAUAAUCCUUCAAUUGACUUGGGAAGUAUUUGCAAACAGGUAACCAAAGGAUCCACUAAAAAAUCACAAGCGCUGGUUGAGUUUAAAAUCAAACAUACCAAAUGCCCAGAGGAGGUAAUUAUUUCCCAAACAAAUACUUCAUUAGUGGUGAAGAAUAGUUUUCUUUUAUAUUACCACGUUUCUAUCAAAAGGAGUCUUUACUUUGCACAAAAAGAAAUGAGCACCGAUAACAAAGGAAUGAUUUCUCAAUAAUUUCUACUGAAUAGAUUAUCAACACCUAUGUCCUCCAAAAAACAAAGCAAAAUCGUUAUUGUAAAUCAAAUAUCCUGUGCAACCACUGAAUGUCAGAGAAGCUGUAAAUCUAAUUCUACCCAUCAUUUUUUCAUUUUUCAUUAAGGAAAGUAACUGCUUGAGGCAUCCCCAAGCAAUUCUCAAUCUUCUUGGUCUUUCAUACGAACAAAGCCAUACUUGUGGUGGUUUGAACUGUAUUUUCCAUUGGU